AUAAAGAUCCCCACGGGAGCUUGCAGACGCUUAAAUCUCUGCAGUCUUGCCUCUAGCUCGGAUUGCCAAUUCUCAGAGGUCCAUCAAGGAUGAGGACCUUCCAAGUAGUGGCCAUUUCUUUGGCCCUUUGUGCAGUGUCACUCGCUGCACCUGAAGCACAGAAUAAGCGGCAGGCCCUAUUCGUCAGGCAACAAAGACAGCAGCCUUCAGGCUACAACUUCAACAGACCUGAUAAUCCCCUGAUCGAAGACCCAGCACAUGAUAGGCAAACCCGCCAAGCUCAAUCAAACUUGCCCCUCGAAAAUGUUUUCCGGUGGUUCCGAGGCCAAUUCGACGAUGAUCGGUCUCAAUCGACCGCGCGCAAAGCUACUCGCGAUUCCGUUCAGGACAGUUCGGCCGACGUGCCCUCUCGCCAGUAUCUUCCCCUCCCCGCCCAGGACAAACCCCGUCCCUUCCAACCCCAACCGGCCAACCCGAGGCCAGUGACCACUCGCCCCAGCGUCCCUGUCACUUCCUUCCCUAGCUACCAAACCACCACCCUCCGUCCGAUCAUCACCGACUCGGACUCCUCGGCCGCCACCAAUGACGAGGACCACCACCAUCACGGCGCGCACAUUGAAAACAUUGAUGUCGUCUGCGCCAAGGACCAAAUGACCAUCAAGCUUAAGUUCAGCGGACCCUUCGAGGGUGUUAUCUACUCCAAGGGUUUCUACAACCAGCAGAACUGUAGGUAUCUGGAGCCCAACUCUGGAAGGUCCAACACUGAGUUCACUGUUAGCUUGGACUCUUGCGGAACUCAAUUCGUAGAUGAAUUCAAGACCGGCGGCCAGGCCUAUCUUGAAAACGUGCUAGUCCUUCAAAAUGAGCCCGGAAUUCAAGAAGUGUGGGACACAAUCCGCCGCGUGCGUUGUCUGUGGGCCGGCAACAUCAAGGAGGCGCUCUCCACCUCGCUCAACGUCGACGUUCUGAGCCAGGAAGUCGUGACUUUCAGCGGCGAUACUGCCUCCGCGCGUCUCGAUAUUCAGGUUGGACGCGGACCUUUCGCCGCCCCUGCUAACGGUUUGGUCAAGAUCGGCGAGACGAUGACCCUGGUGGUGACCGUCGACGGAGAUCCGGAAUUCGACAUCAGCGUCGGCGAGUGCGUCGCCCACGCCGGAGACCGCGACCGUGGAGGCCCAGUGGUCAAGUUGACCGACGCCGACGGCUGCCCCCUCAAGGCCAAGCUGUUCCCCGACCCCUUCCAGACGACCAAGGACACGCAGGGCACUGGAGCCGCCGUCCUCGCCUACGCCUAUUUCCAGGCGUUCAAGUUCCCCGACCAGAUGGAGCUCAACAUCGAGUGUGAAGUUGAAUUGUGCAAGACUGGAUGCCGCGUCUGCCCAAGAGGAGUGUUGGCGGUCCAGAAGUCUGCCGGACGUAACAAGCGUGCUGCCAAUUCCACCGAGACUGUCAGAGAGAGUCUGGCCGACCCAGUCAGGCUGGUCAGGAAGGUUCACGUGGUCACUGACGAUGACCUCGCCCUCAUUGAAGAAUCCACCCUUGGAUCCUCAACCAUCAUCAACGUUGCUUCUGCUCAAGACGGAAUCUGCGUUUCAACUUCUGCCUUUAUUUUGGGCUCUACGUUCCUCUUGGUCCUUCUGGCCAGCGCCUCAAUGACCAGCGCCUGUUUGUGGCUCAAGAACCAGAGGGUAAAGGGCAACGGCGCCUAACUAUGUAAAUCGAGAAUCCAACGGGAGACCAACUGAUAUACGAGCAAGUGUAUUUAUUUUAUACCAACUCACUGUGCCAAGCAAGUAGAAAAGCUUUCUGUUGUAGAUUAGUCUGAUUUAUAUGUAUUGUUGUAAAGUUAACUACUGAGAGAUAUAUGGAGGAGCAAAUGUGUAAAAGUGAGCCUAAAUUUUGAUUGCGGGUAUUUUGCUCAUUUUACAUUUAGAUACUGUGCUGAUAAUCACUGUAAAUAUCGCAAGAUUAAUAAAUCUAAGACUUCCCUUUUUUAAAUAU